AUGACAUCGUACUUCAAGACCUACUACGACAAGAACGAAGACUUCCGAAACAAACACAGAGAAUACAUGAAGCAAAAGGUGACAUGGGUCGUGGUCAGAUCUGUUUUCCUCUCAAACAAGACUGUCUCUGGAUACUCUGAUAUCACAGCUGUUGGGAGGUCCAUCACGCCAUUACCUCCACGGAAGAUUGAUUGUAGUGUCAAAGAGGACACCAUGGCAACUGAGCUGAUGAGGCUGGUCAAGAAGUAA